CAAUUAUUCUUUAUCAUUUUUUAGAUGGAGCAUCAUUGCGACUUAUCUGAACCAUGGAUAGACGACGAUUUUGCGCCAUGCUUCAGGGAAACCAUUAUUAAUGGUUUUGUCUUAAUCGCCAUUCUUGUCUGGUCAUUAAAGAUCGUUGUAAUGGCAAGCGUGAAAUAUUAUAAAACACAAAAGCCAGGCUACGCACCUCUUAUCAACAAGACCAGCACUCUUCCUACCUCUAAUACGUAUGGCACCACCACAAACAAUUCAUACGACGACAAUGUCUCUAUUGAUACCAUCACAAUGGAUGUAGAAAUCAAGGCCUCUCGUUGGACAAUUUUUAACUUGUCAAGAUUGCUGUUCUCCUUAAUCCAACUCGGGUUGUUCAUUGUUGCUAUUAAAAGAAUAUCUCAAAAGGAGUAUGAUUUCUCAGCGAACGAAAACAACAAAUAUGAUGUUCUUGUAGCUUAUGGCAGUCAUAUUGUAUUUUGGGCUUACUCUCUUAUAUUGUCUAUUGUAAAUAUCUAUUUAUCUGACAAAUACAACCCCCUCUCAAAUACCAUCUGUAAUCAAUUGAAUUUGUUAUACCUGAUCGAUAUCUUUGUCGGAGUAAUUGAUGUUCGAUCCUUCUACAUUUUGGCCGGAAAGGCUGGGUCUGGUUAUUGUAUAGCUCUCUGCACUUUCUUCAUUGACCUUGUUUUAAUUGCAAUUGUUAUCAAUGAGACCCGUCUUGCGACUACAAAGCCCAUCAUUACCGAAAAUGGUCGUGUUAUGACAAAUGAGAAUCGUGAUUCACUUUAUUCUAAAUUUAUGUUUAGCUGGGUUAAUGUGAUGAUGAAGGAAGGUCAUAAGCGCACAUUAGACGAUAAAGACUUGCUUGAGUUGAUUCCUAGCAACAGGGCUAAAAACACACUUGUUGAUUUUAACCAAAAAAAAUCAUCCCCAAGUAUCAUUGCAACUUUUGCCAAAACUUACUAUUGGCUUUACUUUGUACAGACUGUGUACUGCUUAGGUUGGACUAUUCUUGUAUUUGGACCUCCCCUCUUUUUAAACAAGAUCAUCAAAUAUAUCGAAAACCCCCACGAUGAGCCUGUUUCCACCGCUUUCCUUUAUGUUCUCGGUUUAUUCGUCACUAAUUCAGCUCAAUCGCUCUUACUCCAGCAAGGUCUUCACAUUGGUCGUACCCUCGGUAUUCGUCUGCAAUCCGUUAUUAUCGGUGAAGUAUUCUCCAAGUCCCUCCGUCGACGAGACGAAAGUGGAUCAACUAAAACUGAAGGGGGCGAAACAGAUGAAAAGGAUACCAAGAGUAAUGUUAACAAUUUGUUAUCUGUCGAUGCUCAAAAGGCUGCAGAAAUUAUGGCGUAUAUUUUCUAUGUUUAUUGCUAUCCUAUUCAAAUCGUUUUGAGUAUCUGGAGUUUAUAUAAACUUUUGGGUAAUGCUGCUCUCUGGGGUGUUCUUGUCAUGUUAUUGUGCCAGCCUGUUACCUACUUUGUUGGUUCUCGUUUCGAAUCCCUCCAUACUUCCGUUAUGGCAGCUACCGAUAAACGUCUUAAAUUGAUGAAUGAAUUACUGUCUGCCAUUCGUAUUGUUAAAUUCUUUGCUUGGGAAAGCGAGUUUAAAAAGCGUAUUAUCAAAGCCAGAGAAUUUGAAUUGAAGGCAAUUCGCUCCCGUUUAAUGAUGUUCAUGUGGAUGGUCAAUGCUUGGUUUUUUAUACCUAUUUUAAUCAUGGUGACCGUAUUCUACGUUUAUACCGAAAACAAUGAAUUGACUGCUUCAAUUGCUUUCACAGCAUUGGCUUUAUUCAAUACAUUCCGUGGUGCACUUGAUGAAUUCCCUCUUUUGUUAUCUUUAGUACUUCAAUGUAAUGUUUCUAUCAAGCGUAUUGAAAAAUUCCUGGGUGAAGAUGAAGUUGAACUCCCUGUCCAAAGAACUACCGAUGCUUCUAAUAAUGGUACUUUGCUUGGUUUUGUUGAUAAUGCUACAUUUAGUUGGGACAGCCACAGGGAUAGUUAUAACAAGCCAUCCGUCAAAAAUCUCAAUCUUAACUUCCCCAUCGGUCAACUUUCCAUUGUUUGUGGUCCCACUGGAUCCGGUAAAACAACUCUGUUAUGCAGUUUGCUAGGCGAGACAUAUUGCUUAUCUGGUCAGGCCAUCUUACCUCGUGUUAUCCCUAAUAAGACAAGUCCCCUUGGCGGUGCUGUAUCUGGUAUAGCUUAUGUUGCUCAAUCUGCCUGGCUUCAAAAUUGUAGUAUUCGUGAUAAUAUUUUAUUCGGUUUGCCUUUUGAUGAAGAACGUUACGAAGAUGUACUUUAUAUGACUGCUUUGACUCGUGAUCUUGAGAUCCUUGAGUUUGGCGAUUCUACAGAGGUAGGAGAGAAAGGUAUUACGUUAAGUGGUGGACAGAAACAACGUGUUGCUAUUGCUCGUGCAGUAUAUUCUCAAGCCAACACUGUUAUUCUUGACGAUUGUCUUAGUGCGGUUGAUGCUCAUACGGCCAAGCACUUGUACGAGCAUUGUUUGAUCGGUAAACUAAUGAAACACAGAACAGUCAUUUUGGUCACACAUCACGUCGGUCUUUGUCUCAACGGUGCUGCUUAUAUUGUUGCAAUGAAGGAUGGUGAAGUUGUCGAUGCUGGUAAACCCAAGGAUUUGUUGAAUUCAGGUGCACUCGGUGAAGAGCUUUCCAAGUCAGAAGAAGCUAAGGCUAACUCUGCCGAAGAGGCUGCGGUAGAUGGACCUAUUCCCACUGUACCCAAGAAUAUGAUUAAAAAGGCUAACAAAGAUGGUGCUACCGGCGGUAAAUUAACAAAGGACGAGGAACGUGCUGAAGGUGGUGUUACAUGGUCCGUUUACAAGACAUAUAUUGAUGCAUCUGGUGGUCUUAAGUUUUGGAUGACCGUUAUUGUUUUGUUUUGUUUAGCCCAAAUUUGUGUUUUAAGCCAAGAUUAUUGGAUUAAGGUUUGGUCUGCUGCUUAUGGAGAGGUUGAAAAGGAUCCUUCUACUGCUUCUGUUGGUGUUUUCUCACUUACAAAUCCUGGUCACUCUAUUUCAGGAUAUACCAACAUCUUGAAUAUUUAUCAACCUAUUUAUAGCAUUACCGAGGCUAUUAAGGGUAACGAUGUUGACGCAUCGUAUUAUUUGGGUGUAUACUUUUUAAUCGGCUGUGUUGCCUUGCUCAUGACAUCCCUUCGUACAUUCAUUCUCUUCAGUGGUUCGUUGAGUGCCUCUAAAAAGAUUCAUUCUCAACUCCUCAAUCGUAUUCUUCGUGCUAAGGUUCGCUUCUAUGAUACCACUCCCUUGGGUCGUAUAGUCAACAGAUUUUCUUCUGAUUUGGCAACUAUCGAUCAAGAAGUUGCUCCCUCUCUUUCUUUCUUGAUGUACUCUAUUAUCGCCACAUUAUGCGUUGUUUUGCUAAUUUCUAGUGUAACACCCGCAUUUAUUAUUCCUGGUGUCCUUAUCGGUAUUGUCUUUUGUUUUAUCGGUUCAUAUUAUCUCCAGACCUCUCGUGAUCUUAAGCGUUUAAAUUCUGUCUCUCGUAGUCCAAUUUACGUUCAAUUUAACGAGAGUGUUAACGGUGUUGCAACCAUUCGUGCCUUUGGUGCUCAGUUCAGAUUCAUCAACGAGAACCACAACUUAAUUGACAGCAACAAUCGUCCUUUCUUGUGGAUGUGGGCUACUAACCGUUGGCUUCAUUGUCGUGUCGAUGUACUUGGUGCUUUUGUUGGUUUCUGUACCGGUUUUGUGUUGGUUCUUGGCCGUAACUGGAUCAAUCCCGGGUUAGCUGGUCUUUCCCUUAGUUAUUCAUUGACUUUUACUCACAAUGUCCUUUGGUGUGUACGUAUGUACGCAGUUAACGAAAUGAAUAUGAAUGCCAUUGAACGUGUACAUGAGUAUCUCGAUGUUGAAGAAGAACCACCAACUGAAAUUCCUGAAACUGAGCCCGCCUCUAACUGGCCCCAACAAGGUGCCAUGGAAGUGAAGAACUUAGUUAUGCAAUAUGCACCAGAGAAUCCACCAGUUCUCCGUGAAGUAUCUUUCAAAGUCAACCCUCGCGAAAAGAUUGGUAUUGUAGGUCGCACGGGCUCUGGUAAAUCUACAUUGGCAUUAUCUAUUUUCAGAUUUAUGGAUCCUACUAGCGGUAGUAUUGAAAUUGAUGGCGUGGAUAUCCAUACCAUUGGUCUCGAUGUACUUAGAUCUAGAUUAACCAUUAUUCCUCAAGACCCUGUCCUUUUCUCAGGUACUCUUCGUAGUAACUUGGAUCCUUUUGAUCAACACGAUGAUAUUGAACUCUGGGCUGCUUUGAAGCGCUCUCAUCUGAUUGAUGGUCAAACAGGAAAUACAAGCGGUGAUAACAACGUUGAAUUAAAUAAUGGAUCUACUGUCGAGAACAUCAACCUUUCUUCGCCUGUCAGUGAAAACGGAAGUAAUUGGUCUCAAGGUCAACGUCAAUUGAUUGCAUUAGCUCGUGCUCUUGUCAAGAAAUCAACCUUCAUUAUCAUGGACGAAGCUACUUCCUCUGUAGAUUUCGAUACCGAUCAUAAGAUUCAACAAACCAUUCGUACCGAAUUCAAAGAUUCUUCCUUGCUUUGUAUUGCUCAUCGUAUUCGUACUGUUGCAGAUUAUGAUCGCAUCUUGGUUUUGGAUCAAGGCGAAGUCAAAGAAUUUGACACGCCUUAUGAUUUAAUGACCAGAGAUAACAGUAUAUUCCAACAAAUGUGUAUUCGCUCAGGUGAAUAUGCCGAUUUAUUGGCGAUUGCAAAAGCCAAAAAAGAAGAGUAAAAGCAUCAUUUAUAAACAUUAUAAACAUUAUCAUCAUAUCUCAUACACCCUGCUAUCCUUUUUUUUCACAAACAAAAAUAAAAGUCAUGUUUUAGACAUUGAAUUUGUA